UAUGCUAUUUUGCUUUCGGUUACCGUAAAUGUGCAAAUUUGCAAAUUGAUGUUUUCUUUACAUGUGUGUUAUACAAAACUACAGAAAGUGCAAAUGCGUAAGAAAAGUCUUUUUCUCAUCCUACAUGCACAUGAAAAUACUGCCUGUUCAUCAUGUCUUCCAUUCUUGGGAAGAUGAAGAAAUUUGGCAGUUCUGACCUGGAGGAAUCUGAAGUGACAGAUGAACACACAGAUGGUGAGGACUCUGCACUGGAAACACCUGACAGCCUCCAGGGUACGCUCAGCACCAAGGUGCAGCCACCUAAAAGCAACAUCUUUGCAAGACGUGGGCGGUUUGUUAUGGGGGAUAGUGACAAGGACAUGGCUCCCAUGGAUUCCUUCUACCAGAUGGAUCACCUGAUGGCACCUUCUGUCAUCAAAUUUCACACCAAUUUGGAGAGAGGGAGACUUCACAAGCUCCUAUCUACAGAUUCCAUCACAGGCUGCUCUGAAAAAGCUUUCAGAUUUUAUGACCGCAGAAGGAUCUUUGAUGCUGUAGCCCAAGGCAACACAAGGGACCUGGAUGAUCUGCUACUCUAUCUUAAUAGGACCUUGAAGCAUCUCACAGAUGAUGAAUUCAAAGAACCAGAAACUGGGAAAACCUGCUUGCUUAAAGCCAUGCUGAAUCUACAUGAUGGGAAAAAUGAUACCAUUCCCUUGCUGCUGGAUAUUGCAAAGAAAACUGGAACUCUGAAAGAGUUUGUUAAUGCAGAGUAUACCGACAACUACUACAAGGGCCAGACUGCACUCCACAUUGCCAUUGAGAGAAGGAACAUGUACCUGGUGAAGCUCUUGGUCCAGAAUGGAGCAGAUGUUCAUGCAAGGGCCUGUGGGGAGUUCUUCAGGAAAAUCAAAGGGAAACCUGGUUUUUAUUUCGGAGAGCUGCCUCUAUCCCUGGCUGCCUGUACCAACCAGCUCUGCAUUGUGAAAUUCCUCCUGGAGAACCCGUACCAGGCUGCCAACAUUGCCGCUGAGGACUCCAUGGGCAAUAUGGUCCUGCAUACCCUGGUGGAGAUUGCAGACAAUACUAAGGAUAAUACCAAGUUUGUUACCAAGAUGUAUAACAACAUAUUGAUCCUUGGUGCCAAAAUUAAUCCAAUCCUGAAGCUAGAAGAACUCACCAACAAGAAAGGGCUGACUCCAUUAACUCUGGCAGCUAAAACAGGGAAGAUAGGGAUUUUCGCUUACAUCCUCAGACGAGAGAUCAAAGACCCUGAGUGCAGGCACUUGUCUAGGAAGUUCACUGAAUGGGCUUAUGGGCCUGUCCACUCAUCUCUUUAUGACCUGUCCUGUAUAGACACAUGUGAGAAAAAUUCAGUGCUUGAGAUUAUUGCCUACAGCAGUGAAACGCCGAAUCGUCAUGAGAUGCUGCUGGUGGAACCCCUCAACAGGCUGCUGCAAGACAAGUGGGACCGGUUUGUCAAACACUUAUUUUACUUCAACUUCUUUGUCUAUACCAUGCAUAUCAUCAUUCUCACUGCAGCUGCCUACUACAGACCUGUGGAUAAGAAAGAAAAGCCUCCCUUCACGUUUGGUCACAGCACUGGAGAAUAUUUUCGAGUGACUGGAGAGAUCUUGAGUGUACUGGGAGGACUCUAUUUUUUUUUCAGAGGGAUACAGUAUUUUGUGCAGAGGCGCCCAUCAUUGAAGACGCUGAUAGUUGACAGCUACAGUGAGGUUCUUUUCUUUGUUCACUCUUUGCUCCUCCUGAGCUCUGUGGUGCUGUACUUCUGUGGCCAGGAACUGUACGUGGCUUCCAUGGUCUUCUCCUUGGCGCUGGGCUGGGCUAACAUGCUGUACUACACCCGUGGCUUCCAGCAGAUGGGCAUUUACUCUGUCAUGAUUGCAAAGAUGAUCCUUAGAGAUUUAUGUCGCUUCAUGUUUGUCUAUCUAGUAUUCCUCUUGGGAUUUUCCACAGCUGUGGUGACUUUAAUUGAAGAUGACAAUGAGGGGCAGGAUGCAAAUACCUCUGAAUAUACCCGAUGUUGCCAUACGAAACGAAGCCGCACAUCCUAUAAUAGUCUAUAUUACACCUGCUUGGAGCUUUUCAAGUUCACUAUUGGGAUGGGAGACUUGGAGUUCACAGAGAACUACAGGUUCAAGUCUGUGUUUGUCAUCCUUUUGGUUCUCUAUGUCAUCCUUACGUACAUCCUUCUGCUCAACAUGCUUAUCGCACUCAUGGGAGAAACUGUGAGCAAAAUUGCACAGGAGAGCAAGAGCAUCUGGAAACUCCAGAGAGCCAUCACAAUCUUGGAUAUUGAAAACAGCUACUUGAACUGUGUGAGGCGCUCGUUCCGGUCUGGAAAGCAAGUCUUGGUGGGGGUCACGCCUGAUGGCCAAGAUGAUUACAGAUGGUGCUUUAGGGUUGAUGAAGUGAACUGGUCCACGUGGAAUACUAAUCUGGGCAUAAUCAACGAAGAUCCUGGAUACUCUGGAGACCUCAAAAGAAAUCCCAGUUACUCUAUUAAGCCUGGCAGAGUUUCAGGAAAAAACUGGAAAACUUUGGUUCCGCUUUUAAGAGAUGGGAGCAGGAGAGAAGAGACACAAAAACUACCAGAAGAAAUCAAGUUAAAACCCAUUUUGGAGCCUUAUUAUGAGCCGGAGGAUUCUGAGACAUUGAAGGAAUCUCUUCCAAAGUCAGUCUAAUCUUAUUUUGUUUUUCAGAAGGUUAAUUCUGGUUGCCUGUGCUGGUCCUCACAAAGCAGGGCAAUUAGAGCACUUCCUUCGUAAGAACAGAGAUUUAUUGAAACAGAUCAAAGGACUAAGGAAAUGACUGUGUGCAAGGAUUCAUUAAGUAUGCUAAAUAAACUACUUGUUGUUUAAGCUCAUGUCUUCAUGGUUAUUUUUAAUAUGAAUCUGCAAGAAAGUGGCUAUUUACUACCUGGUUUGUAUUUACUUGGCUAGAUAUUUGCAUCUAGGCUGUCUCAUGAAGUGUUAGAAAUAAUUCCUGUAUUUUUUUUACUGGUUUGUUUGUUUUAAUUAAAUGCAUCGAGAAUUUCCCACAAUUCAGAGCUGUCUGUAAGAUGGUGAGCUCUUUUUUGCUGCAGGUUUUUUCCCAGUCUUCAUCCAUUUCUUUCGCUCUUUGAAAGUGCUCUCAUGCGUUUCUGAGAUCUGAGCUGACAUAUUCAUUGUUAGCUAACAGGAGCUUUGCUAAGUUUUGUGGGUUGGUGCAAGUGGCCAGUAAUGGCGGAUAUUUUGUUGAUAAUACAAAAAUAACAAAAGGCCUAUAGAAAAAUGGUUAGCACUCAACACUCUGGACAUAAUGGAUUUCAUACUUUGUCUGCUUUUAGAUUCUCUUUUAAAAAAGUGUUUUUGUGAGCAGCUACAGGCCCCGAUUUCGUGACUUCCCAGCCUUGAAAACUAACUAACCAUACUAUAACAAAACUGGAGAAGGACUCAUAAAAGAGCAGUAAAAAAAUGCCAAGAGACCAGAGGUAUGUUGUUGUGAAGAAUGUUCCUUGUAAAGGAGAUAAAUGGGGGGACACAGUGAAAGAGUAGAAAAUGAAU